AGAGGCAGCUGGAGACUCACUGACUUAAAUCUUACAGCAAAUCCCUUGAGCCGCAAGUUGACAUGACCUGACGGAUCUCUGCGGGAAGUUUCAGGGACUGCAACAGGUGGACGGGCUGCGGGGAAUGAGGCGUGAAUUACCCGUCCCCGGCUAGCUGCUGCUGUAUUUAUCGGAAGGUACCUCCGGGAGUCGGACUGGAAGAAAACUGCGCAUUUCUUCACACGGUCAGGUGCCGCAAUGAAUGACAACAGCCUGAGCUGCUCUAACGUGAAGGUCGCUGUGCGGGUGCGACCCAUGAACAGGAGAGAAAGAGACCUGAAAACAAAAUGCGUGGUGGAGAUGGAGGGGAAGCAGACCAUUCUGCACCCUGCCAUCAGUAAUGUGAACAAAGGAGACCCCAGGAACCAGCCAAAGGCGUUUGCCUAUGACUACUGUUUCUGGUCAAUGGAUGAAUCCCAAAAAGACAAGUUUGCAGGUCAGGAUGUGGUGUUCCAGUGCCUCGGGGAGAACCUGCUGGACAAUGCUUUUAUGGGCUACAACGCCUGCAUCUUUGCCUAUGGACAGACGGGUUCAGGGAAGUCUUACACCAUGAUGGGCUCAGCGGAGCAGCCUGGUCUGAUUCCUCGUCUCUGCAGCUCCCUGUUCAACAGGACGGUGCAGGAGGCCCAAGAGGGAGAGACCUUCACUGUGGAGGUCUCCUACAUGGAGAUUUAUAACGAGAAGGUGCGAGACCUGCUCGACCCCAAAGGGAGUCGCCAAGCGCUGAGAGUGAGGGAGCACAAUGUUUUUGGUCCUUAUGUCGACGGUCUGUCCCGCCUGGCCGUGGCCAGCUAUAAGGACAUCGAGUCUCUGAUGUCUGAGGGGAAUAAAUCUCGCACAGUGGCGGCCACAAAUAUGAACGAAGAGAGCAGCAGGUCCCACGCUGUGUUCAACAUCAUCCUCACACACACACUUGUGGACCUGCGGUCCGGGACAAGUGGAGAGAAGGUGAGUAAGCUGAGCCUGGUGGACCUUGCUGGAAGUGAGCGAGCAGCCAAAACCGGAGCCGCUGGAGAAAGGCUGAAAGAAGGCAGUAACAUCAACAAGUCUCUCAGCACUUUGGGUUUAGUUAUCUCGGCCUUGGCUGAUCAUGGAGCCGGAAGGAACAAGAGCAAGUUUGUUCCCUACAGAGACUCUGUCCUCACCUGGCUGCUCAAGGACAGCCUUGGAGGGAACAGCCGGACCGCCAUGGUCGCUACCAUCAGCCCGGCGGCAGACAACUACGACGAGACGCUGUCCACCUUGCGCUAUGCCGACAGGGCCAAGAAUAUUGUCAACCAUGCCGUGGUCAACGAAGACCCCAACGCCAGGAUCAUCCGCGAGCUCCGAGAGGAAGUGGAGAAACUGAGGGAGCAGCUCACUGAGGCUGAGUCCAUGAAGGCUCCAGAGCUGAAGGAGCGACUGGAGGAGUCUGAGAAGCUGAUCCAAGAGAUGACGGUCACCUGGGAAGAGAAACUCCGCAAGACUGAAGCUGUCGCUCAGGAGCGUCAGAAGCAGUUGGAAAGCCUCGGUAUCUCCCUUCAGUCGUCCGGCAUCAGAGUGGUGGAUGACAAGUGUUUCCUCGUCAACCUCAACGCUGACCCCGCCCUCAACGAGCUGUUGGUCUACUACCUCAAAGACCACACGUGUGUGGGCUCGGCCGACUCGCAGGACAUCCAGCUGUGUGGGAUGGCCAUCCAGGCAGAGCACUGCAUCAUCAACAUACGGCAGAACAGCAGUGUGGUGCUUACUCCUCACCGUGGGGCUCGAACAUGUGUGAACGGCGCUGCCGUCACCAGUCCAGUGCAGCUUCAUCACGGUGACAGAAUCCUGUGGGGGAACAACCACUUCUUCAGGAUCAACCUGCCCAGGAACAGAGGCCAAGCAGCCGGCGAGGACGAGGGUGGCGGAGCCGCCAUGAAGAAGUGCCUUAGCGCCGACCAGCUGGAGGUGGAUCUGGAUGCAUUGAGCGACGUUUCCAGUGAGCUGAGUUACAGCUAUGAGUUUGCUCAGACUGAGGUCAUGAUGAAAGGAAUGGGCACCAACGACCCCUUGCAGUCGGUGCUGCAGACCCUGGAGAGGCAGCACGAGGAGGAGAAGCGCUGCGCUCUCGAGCGACAGAGACUGAUGUACGAGCAGGAGCUGCAACAGCUCCGCCAGCGACUCACCCCUGAGAAACCUUCCCCCUUUCCGGACUCUACGGCCCUCCCAGUCAGUGCCACCGCUGUGACGUCAUCUGGACCCCACAAACGUUUGCGGCGUUGGAGCGAAGACAGGGAAGCGAUGAUGACCCGCAGCCUGCGGCGUCUCAGGGAGCAGAUAGUUCGGGCCAAACUGUUGGCCCAAGAGGCCAACUUCUUUGCUGAGGAGCUCAACAAGAGGACAGAGUACCUGGUAACUCUACAGAUACCUGCUGCCAACCUGGACGCUAACAGGAAGCGGGAUGCGGCCCUCAGCGAGCCGGCCAUCCAGGUCCGCAGGAAGGGCAAAGGGAAGCAGAUCUGGGCUAUGGAGAAGCUGGAAAACCGGCUGGUGGACAUGAGGGAGCUCUACCAGGAGUGGAAGGUCCUGGAUGAGGAUAGUCCUAUGAUGCACUACUUCAAACGGGCCGACCCGUUCUUUGAUGAGCAGGAGAACCACAGUCUGAUUGGUGUGGCCAAUGUUUUUCUGGCCUGCUUGUUCCAUGACGUCAAACUCCAGUAUGCAGUGCCCAUCAUCAACCAGAAAGGAGAGGUGGCCGGUCGUCUGCAUGUAGAAGUGUGGCGAGGUACAGAAAGCUCCGAGGACAUCAGCGUGGGACAUCCUGACACCCAGUUGAGCGACAUGAAUGAAGGGAAUCAGGAGCGUAAACUUGGCUGUGUGGUGAAAAUCCUCCAGGCCACCGGUCUUCCUCGCCAUCUGUCCAACUUCGUCUUCUGCCAGUAUCACUUCUGGGGGCUGGAGGAGCCGGUGUUCACUGCUCCAGAGGUGGCAUCAUCCAGCUCAUCAUCUGCUUCCAGAGACCCUCAGUGUACUGUGGUCUUUGACAGCACUAAGGAGUUAGCAGUUGCAGCAUCGGAAGACCUGCUGGAGUUCCUGGCUGACGGGGCGGUGGCUAUAGAAGUUUAUGGCCACAAACAGGCCAACCACCGCAGGAACCUGGCGCUAUGGGACCUGGGAGUGAUUCAAGCCAAGACCAGAUCCCUUAGAGAGAGGUGGAGCGAGGUGACCCGUCGGCUGGAGCUGUGGGUGCAGCUGAUGGAGCUGAACGAGACAGGAGACUUCACCGCUGUAGAGGUCCUUCCUGCCAAGGAUGUCCGCACCGGCGGAGUCUUCCAGCUCAAACAGGGUCAGUCUCAUCGGGUCCGGGUGGAGGUGCGGCCGGUGCCAGACUCAGGCACUAUGCCUCUCAUCACAGCCUCCAUCUUGUCCGUGUCAGUCGGGGAUGUGAAAGUCCGCCAGAUGCGCAUCUCCAAAAACAAUCCCCAUCUGGAUGAAGGUGAAGACAUGGACAGCUAUCAAGAGGUGGACCUAGAGAGGAUGAGGGAGCAGUGGCUGAUCACACUCACUGAGAGGCAGGAGUACCUAGACCAGCAGCUGCAGAAGAUAGUCUCCAAACCAGACAAGUCAGAGGACGACGUCGAGAGGGAAUCCCAGCUGCUUGAAUGUCGUCUCACCCUCACAGAAGAACGCAACUCUGUGCUUGUCCCAUCAGCUGGAAGCGGGAUCCCUGGUGCACCAGUAGAGAGGGUUCCAGUCCCUGGGAUGGAAACCCACAUUCCUGUUCUGUUCCUAGAUCUCAGUGCUGAUGAUUUUCAGUCCAGUUUGUCAGCGCCCCUGGCUGGAGGGCUCGAUGCGCUGCUCAGCGGGGAAGAUGAGGACGACUUCUUUGAGCUUCAAGUUGUGAAACACUUUGAUACAGAGGUGAAGGUGGAGGCAUCCUGGGACUCCACAGUCCAUGAGUGUCCUCAGCUUAGCCGCGCAGUGUCCCCCGAGCAGAGGGUCUACCUGACGGUCCGAACCGUCGUGGAGCUGAGCCACCCGGCCCACAUGCAGCUGGUCCUCAGGAAGCGCAUAUGUGUCAACGUCACGGGGAAGCAGGGGUUUGCUCAGAGCCUCCUGAAGAGAAUGUCGCAGCGCAGCACCAUCCCUGGCUGUGGAGUCACCUUUGAAAUCGUCUCUAACAUCCCAGGAGACAUCCACGGUCCGGAGGACAGGGAGAUGUUGGCCAGGCUGGCCGCCAGCGCCGAGGACGAGCAGUCAGCAGACAGUGAGGCGGCCAUAGAGAAGUACCUGCGCAGCGUCCUGGCUGUGGAGAACGUCCUGACCCUGGAUCGGCUCAGACAGGAGGUCGCUGUGAGGGAACAGCUGGCAGUCAGAGGGAAAGCUGGAAGACGCUGCCUGAGCUCUCCAAACGUAAACCAGCUGUCAGCCAGCAGUCUGGACCUGUACUCCUCCACUCAUAGGCUCGGUUACUUCAAGGGCUGGGAGAGCCAUCAGGACCUCUCGGUAGUGCCUCCUCCAUCCAGACGCACGCUGGCCAGCUCUAUGUCCCAGAACCUGAACACGGAGACGGAGCAUUCAGGCUUUGCUGCAUCUUAUCUCUCUCCAGUGAAGGCCGUUCCCAAGCUGCUAAAGUCCCUGCUACCUGGUGGGAAGGAAGACCGAGAGCAGCCAGCCGUCCACCAGCAGGGUUCUUGUUCCAAGCCACAGAGGGGUAGGAUUGACUUCUUUGACCUGCUCUCUGAUUCGCAGGGCGUUCCACGCAUCGUGGUGCAGUCAGCCAGUGUUGAAGAGGACAUGUGCAAACAUCAGCAGCCAGUUCCCACUGGAGAAAUCAGUCCUGCAGAUGUCCAAGCGGACAUCCCCAGAUCCGUCCCCUUCCCAGCUCCCAUCAUCCCAAAGACGGAGGACUUCAGCUGUAGCUCAGUUAGCGACACCUCCAGUGGAUACAUGUCAUCCAACAUAUCCACCGCGAGGCUUUCAGAUGUCUACACACUGAGCUGGGACUUGCCUACAUUGGAGCCAGAUGAAGUGGAGGAAGAUGAGAAAGUGAUGAAGGAGUUCUCAGCUGAGAAUCUAGGUUUAACCAAAGAAGUAGCUGUCCUGACUACCGACCAGCGUUUAUUCAAACAAAAGGAGACUCUGUCAGAGUCAAAUCUAGGUGAACAAGAACCAAAUCCAUCUCUGUCCGUUGCUUCAAAUGGUACAGAAGAAGCUGCUGCAAGAACAGAGGAACAGUCAGGAAACCAGGCUAAACACAACCAAGACACAACUACUGAUAGGACUGGACUAGAACCAUCCAACAGUUCAGAGAAUCACACUGAUUCAGUGGUGGAACAAAACAAUGAAUGUGAACUGGGAGAAUUCCAGCAAACAGAUCCCUCUAGACUCCAAGGUUCUCCAACUAAACAUCUAGAUCUUACUGCUACAAAUCAGGACAUCCGUGAGCAGUUACUCACCAGUAAAACCCAACUAUCUGACCAACAAGGUGAACAUCUGGUUGAAUCUAUUACUCCACAGUGCCAGGAAGAAGACCAGGCAGCUUCUGACAGUAUUCAAGAUCCAGCUCCAAAUGUGAUCCAAGCUCCGGCUGCUCAACCACAUGAAGACACUAGCCUUAAAAAUUCACCCGAAGAGAAAUCAUCGUCCGAACCCUCAGAUACAAACAGCAGCCUCAUUGGAUCCUCAGCCCUGGUUAAGGUCAGUCAGAAACCACCUUCUGAUUCUGCCACUAAAACUGCUACCACUGCUGCUCAGCCCAAGUCCAGCUUAUCAGCGGUCAACCCCUUCAAGAUCCAGAAGGUCAAAUCUUCAGACCUCAGGUCUUUCCAGCAGAUUGUGAGCGAAGACGGCAGCAAACCAGCACAAAUCGAGCGCAUCGGCAGCCUCGGGACAGGACUCAACAUCUCAGUGCCAGCGGAGAGCCUGGAAAGUAUUUCGGACUUAGAGGAGGGCGACGAAGCUGCUUCCGGCAUUCUUCCUGACUGGUUGAAAGAAGGGGAGUUUGUCACUGUGGGGACCAAUAAGAGUGGGACGGUGCGGUACGUGGGGCCCACAGACUUUGCUGAGGGUACCUGGGUUGGAGUUGAACUGGAGGUACCAGCAGGAAAGAACGAUGGCUCGGUAGGUGGAAAGCACUAUUUCCACUGUAACCCUGGUUACGGAGUACUUGUAAGGCCUGACAGAAUUACCCGUGGUGGUGGCAAACGACGUCGCCAACAGCAAACGCGGCGUAGUGCCAACCUGUCGGGAUCCAGUCCAAACCUGGCAGCUCUCACGGCUCUGGCAAAAGGUGAGACUGGACCGUCCAGACAAGGCAGAGGAGAGAACCGCAAGUCAUGGAACACUUGAAACAUGCUGAUCUGAUGUAUGUAGAGACGUUUACUAUAGGAUUCAGUAUCUAGGCCUUUGCUGCUGUGUAAACGGCUGCAGUCACUCCACUGACAAAUAGACAGAGAUUGAAUGUUAUGCAAAUGUAAAUGUUUUAGGUGGAGAUUUGCAUAAAAAUAUUUAGCCUUCGAAAGCCUGAAUGGCUCAUGGGUCAGAUGUUUAGAAGCUCAUUGACAAGAGUUUCCUUUGUCAACAGUCGGGUACAAGGACUGAACUGAAGAUGAGGGAAACUUGGAGAAAGCCUGUAGAACAACUUCUCAGUUCAGCACAGGGCUGAAGUUUUUAACACUGGAAUGAGACCACUGAAUGACACUAAUUUCAACUCUAAUGCAAGUUUUUUUUAUAUACUCCUUUUUCUUGUCUUUUAACAAUAUCACACUAUAUGCAGAUGACAUUUUAUUUGGAGCUUGUGGGUGAAUGCUGCAGCUUGAUUCCUGUGCCUUGAUUACUGCUCAACACAUGUGCCUUGAUCAUGUACAACCAUAAUGUGUUCUGCUGGAACUCUGAAAGUGUUCACCAAUGAUGUCAUUCUGCUUCUUGGAUGACUAUUUUUAUACAAAUUUGCACUCUGAUAACAAAUUAUAGUAAUGCUGAUACUUUAAAUGGGUUUAAUGUCUUCCUGCCAAGCAUGUGGUAAUUCUUUUAGGUUUGUUUUUUUGUGUAUGAAGAUGCCUGGAGUGGGGAAUUCAGGAAGAAUUGUCUGUUCCCUAGUUUUUUUAUAGAUAUGCAUUUAAGUGGAUCAAUUUGACUGCUUCGGAUAUUUAUUUAUUUGAAAAUAAAGACAAGCUGUUGAUGUUUA